AUUCCACUCUUCGGGAAAGCCACCCCGUUGAUGCCGCUCUCUCUCUCUCUCUCUCUCUCUCUCUCUCUCCUUUCAUUCUCUCAAUCUCCGCCGUUGUGUCUGCAAACCCCUUCUCAUUAUCGCCAUUACUGAAGGCUUCCUUUCUCGCGAUGCUCUCCUAAACCCUACAAUAUUUUUGACUGAUCCUCAAAUCUAAUCUCUGUUUUCUGCUGCGGUUUGGUCUAGUUUGCUCUAGGAAAUGAGGAAACCUCGUCUUGGUCUGAGGGUUUAUUCUGCCCUCCUCCUUCUCAUUUCCUCUCUCUUUGUCUCUGUUCAUUGUCAGUCUAGUUCCGAUGAUGCUUCUGUAAUGCUCGCUCUCAAGAAAAGUCUAAACGCGCCCAGUAAGCUCGGUUGGACGAACUCAGACCCGUGUCAGUGGGACAACGUUGGGUGCUCGCCCGAUAAGCGGGUCAUUCGGAUUCAGAUCGGACGGCAAGGACUGACGGGCACUCUGCCGGCGAACAUCGGCAACCUUACUAGGUUGCAACGAUUCGAGGUCAUGUUCAACGAACUCAGUGGGGAUCUACCGAGUAUGGCCGGGCUGGAUCAAUUACAGGUUCUCUUGCUCAGCAACAAUAGUUUCUCGUCGAUUCCCUCAGAUUUCUUCUCGGGGAUGUCGUCGUUGCAAGCUGUAAGUCUCGACUACAAUCCCUUCUCGGCGUGGGCGAUUCCGGAUAGCCUUAAAAGUGCCGUGUUGCUUCAGAAUUUCUCGGCGAAUUCGGCGAACAUAAUUGGCGGAAUCCCGGAAUUUUUUGGGGGUGACACUUUCAUGGGUAUGAUCAAUUUGCAUUUAGCUUUUAAUAGUCUCGAAGGCGAAUUGCCUGGCAACUUUUCGACUUCACCAAUUCAGUCCCUGUGGUUGAAUGGGCAGAAGAGUACCUCUAAACUCAAUGGCACGAUUCAAGUGUUAAAAGGCAUGACAAUGUUGAAAGAGGUUUGGUUACAUUCGAAUAGCUUUUCCGGUCCUUUGCCUGAUUUUUCGGGAUUAACUGGGUUGCAGAGUCUUAGUUUGAGGGAUAACCAGUUAACGGGGAUUGUGCCGCCAUCUUUGAUCAGUCUUCCAAGUCUUAAGAUAGUUAACUUGACAAAUAAUCUGCUUCAAGGAGAGAUGCCCAACUUCGAUAAAUCGGUGGCCGUGGAUAUCGCCGGGACUAAUAGUUUUUGUUUGCCUUCUGCUGGUGAAUCUUGCGAUCCGCAAGUGAGCAUAUUGAUUGACAUAGCUGGAUCGGUGGGUUAUCCUACCGUAUUCGCUGAGAAUUGGAAAGGGAAUGAUCCCUGCACGCCGUGGUUGGGACUCACAUGUGCCAACGGGAACGUGACUGUUGUUAACUUUCAGAAAAUGGAUCUUGCAGGUACAAUUUCGCCAAACUUUUCGUCACUUGCAUCGCUACAAAGACUGAUUCUUGCUAAUAAUAAUUUUACUGGUACCAUACCAUCUCUUCUUACAAAUUUGGCUAAUCUUAGAGAACUUGAUGUUUCAAACAACCAACUUUAUGGUAAAGUACCGUCAUUUAGGAGUAGUGUGAUUAUAAAGACUAAUGGAAAUCCUGAUAUUGGAAAGGAUGCUAGUAGCGUCCCACCGCGUGCUCCUCCUGGAAGUAUACCCAGUCCGACUCCUGGCACAGAUUCUGGUGAUCAAAAUUCUUCUUCUGGAAAUGGUAACAAGAACUCAGCCACUAUUGUGGGUUCCGUAGUUGGUGCAUGUGUGGUUGUUGGAUUUGGGCUCAUAGGUGUCUGUGUCUAUUGCAAAAGACACAAGCGAUUUGGUAGAGUUCAGAGUCCAAAUACAAUGGUGAUUCAUCCUCAUCAUUCAGGUUCGGACCAUGAUCCCGUGAAGAUCGCAAUUGCUAAUUCCAGUGUUAAUGGCAUGGGAAUGAGUGAAAUCUAUAGUCAUUCUAGUAUUGCUUCUAGUGAUAUCCAUAUGAUUGAAGCUGGGGGCAUGGAAAUUAAAAUUCAAGUUUUAAGGAAUGUAACUAACAAUUUCAGCCAAGAAAAUAUAUUGGGAAAAGGUGGUUUUGGAACUGUUUACAGGGGAGAAUUGCAUGAUGGAACUAAGAUCGCAGUUAAAAGGAUGGAGUCUGGGGCAGUGAGUGAGAAGGGUCUGGCUGAGUUCCAGUCUGAGAUUGCUGUUCUUACGAAGGUUCGGCACCGCCAUUUGGUCGGUCUUAUUGGAUAUUGUUUGGAUGGAAAUGAGAGGCUUCUUGUAUUUGAGUACAUGCCACAGGGAACUCUUAGUAGAUAUCUCUUCAACUGGCAAGAGGAAGGAUUGAAACCCCUUGAAUGGACAAAAAGGUUGAUCAUUGCUUUAGAUGUGGCCCGAGGGGUUGAGUAUCUGCAUAGUUUAGCUCAUCAGAGUUUUAUUCAUAGGGACCUCAAACCUUCUAACAUUCUUCUUGGAGAUGAUAUGCGAGCUAAGGUAGCUGAUUUUGGUCUUGUUCGUCUUGCCCCAGAGGGCAAAGGCUCAUUCGAAACAAGGCUAGCAGGAACUUUUGGGUACCUUGCACCAGAAUAUGCAGUGACGGGACGAGUGACUACCAAGAUUGAUGUGUUCAGUUUUGGGGUGAUUCUAAUGGAGGUGAUCACCGGAAGAAAAGCACUUGAUGAUACUCGGCCCGAGGACAGCAUGCACCUCGUAACCUGGUUCCGCAGAAUGCAGAUCAACAAGGACACGUUUCAAAAGGCAAUUGACCCAUCAAUUGAUCUGGACGAGGUUACUCUUGCCAGUAUCAGCACCGUUGCUGAACUGGCUGGCCACUGCUCUGCCAGAGAGCCCCACCAGAGGCCUGACAUGAGUCAUGCAGUCAAUGUGCUUUCAUCUCUCGUUGAGUUCUGGAAACCUUCGGAUCAAGAUUCGGAGGAUAUGUAUGGAAUUGAUCUUGACAUGACUUUACCCCAGGCACUGAAGAAAUGGCAGGCCUUCGAGGGGAAUAGCAACACAGAUAAUUCAUCUUCAUCACUUUUUGGAAGUACGGACAAUACCCAGACCAGCAUACCCACUAGGCCAUCUGGGUUUGCAGAUUCCUUUACAUCUGCAGAUGGGCGGUAAGAAUCAAGAAACUGUGGAGGACGCUGGGGGGUUGAAUGGCUCAAUGAGGUUUGCUCUGUUCAUUCUUUAUGCUUCUUCCUUGCUUUUUCAAGCUGAUAAGGGUUAUCUCUUCCCAUAUGUUCAUUUGAGCAGGCACUUGUUUCCUGUUCUCUUUUAGGAGUUUCUGAAAGUGCAAAUAGAUGUGGAUACUGAAAAUUAGUUGGGGUUCUGCCUUGCGUGCGUGCUUUUGACUUUGAUAUUAUUCAGUAAUUCAGCUGUAAAAAGGUCCAUCAUGUGAGGAACCGAUCUGAGCCCGACUCAGAAGUCUGCCAUUUGUUGCUUGCUUUUAAAAAUUGUAGCAAUCGUUGCGCAUAGACUUCAAGUUUUGAAUUUAGAUUUUUUUUUUUUCGAGUUGUGAUUGUAUUGAAAUUAUCAAAAUUUAUAUAAAUUUAAUUAAAGUCUCAAA